AGGGGGCGGGGAGUAGCUGAAACCUGUACGUUGCUGGAAGGUUUUCUCCGGCUGCCUGAAAAGGAAGGAGCCUCAAUGGGGCUAUUGCAAUUUCUUCCUACGUUGUCGUGGCAGGGUCUGGUGCCAAGGUUUGUGUUUUGAUACCUUGAUGUGAAAUGUCAACAAGAAUUCUGGUCUUUGUACCUGCAACAAAAACUUAGAGAAGAAUUAUCAGAGAGAAUGGCUGUGUCUCCAGUGAAUGUACCCCAGGUUCUGACAUUCAGGGAUGUGGCUGUGAACUUUUCCCAGGAGGAAUGGGAAUGUCUAGAGUCUGCUUCAAAGGCCUUGUACUUUGAUGUGAUGUUGGAGAAUUACAGCAAUCUAGUUUUUGUUGAGAAAUAUCGUAUAUGUGGGAAAUAUAUGAAUGUCUUGGAUCAAGGAUCAAAGCACAUUGUCUAUCACCCUGUGAAUAUCCAAGAGAAGUCUUAUGAAAAUAGUGAUAUUGGAAUAUUGGGCCACAAAUUCACCCAUUGUUCACCUUAUAGCACAAGUGAUCUUACAGAGAACUGCAAAAAGUAUGGAUGUGAUAACCACGGGGAUACCUCUAUUGAAUCAACAAACCUAAAGAAUCGUAAAAGUAGAAACACUGGAGAAGACCCUUGCAAAUAUAAAGACUGUGGGAAAUGGUUACAUUUGUGUUCCAUCAUUAGUCAAAGAAUUCACACUGGAAAGGAACUACACAUAAAUAUAGACUAUGAUAAGUCAUUUGACCCCAAACAUACACUCAUGCUGAAACAGAUCUCUAGUGUAGAGAAAAUACACCAAUGUAGGAAAUGUGGAAAGUGCUUGACGGCCUACUUGAGUCUCAGUAGACAACAGCGAACUCAUUCUGGAGAGAAACCCUACAAAAGUAAAGAAUGUGGGAUGUGCUUUUAUCUCUUUUAUCAGGUUAAAAACCAGUAUAAAACCCAUAAUGGAGAGGGACCUUACAAAUAUAGUGAAUGUGAAAAAUGUUUCAUCCAGAAAGACCAUCUUAGCACACAUCCUAAAAUUCAUACAGAAGAGAAACCUUUCAAAUCUAGUGAUUGUGAGAAAUCCUUUACAUAUGUCUCCACACUUAGACAACAUCAGAGAAUUCAUACAGAAGAUAAACCUUACAAAUGUAGUGAAUGUGAGAAAUCCUUUGCAUAUAUCUCAAGUCUUAGAAAACAUCAGAAAAUUCAUACAGGAGAGAAACCUUACAGAUGUAAUGAAUGUAAGAAAUCAUUUACACAGGCUUCACAUCUUAGAAGACAUCAGAUUAUUCAUACAGGUCAGAAACCUUACAAAUGUAGUGAAUGUGAGAAAUCCUUUGCAUAUAUCUCAAGUCUUAGAAAACAUCAAAGAAUUCAUACAGGAGAGAAACCUUUCAGAUGUAGUGAAUGUGAGAAAUCCUUCACACAGGAUUCACAUCUUAGACGACAUCAGAGAAUUCAUACAGGACAGAAACCUUACAAAUGUAGUGAAUGUGAGAAAUCCUUUACACAGGUUUCAAGUCUUCGGAAACAUCAGAACAUUCAUACAUGAGGAAAAUUAUAAAUGUAGUGAAUGAGAGAAAUCCUUUACACAUGCCUCUCAUCUUAGAGUACAUCAAAGAAUUCAUUCAGGAGAGAAACUUUACAAAUGCAAUGAUUGUGAUAAAUCCUUUACACAUGCCUCAGAGUACACCAGAGUGAAAUCUUACGAAUGUAGUGAAUGUGAGAAAUCCAUUACAUGCAGCUCAAAUUGUAGAAAACAUUUCACUAGUCAUACAGGAUAGAAAAUUUUGAAUGUACUAAAUGUGGCAAAGUAUUGAUCUUUCUCUUUUAAGAAUACUUGAGAAAAGUCAUACUGGAGAAAAAAGUUUCCAUAGUCAAUAAUGUAACAUAUGCUUUAUCAAAAGCUCUGUCCUUAGGGAUCACUGCACCACCAUACAUGGUCAACAUUAAGAGCAUGAGAAAUUUGUGCAAGCCUUUAAAUAAUGUGCAAACCUUACAAAACAUUGAGAGUUUAUACUGAGCAAGAAUUCUGAAAAUGUGACAAUGUAGGAAAAUUUUCAAUAAAGCAUUUUGCUUUUUCAACCUCAAAAAUAGCAUAAGAAUGAAAAAUCAAGAUGCUUGUAGACUGCUGUGGUAUGGCAAGGGACACAUUAAGGUCACAAGAAACAAGAACAGUUCUUACUAGCUGAUGUGCCUUUCUUGCUAAAGAUGGAUUGGUGAUCAAAGGCAAUGAUUAAUUUUUUUGUACCCAAUUUGCCCUCAGCUUUUUGACAUGAUUUAAUAUAAUCAGCUGAUGAGUGGGUAUGCACUCUGAACAUUAAAAAUAGAGAUGACUGGUUAUUUUUCAUAUAUAAAAGUCUAGGUUUGUGAUUCUUUUAAGAUUUUUAUAAGGUCACUGCAAGUGUUACAGACCGUGAGGGAAAGGUAUCCUGACUUGUUGGGAAGUCAGGCUAUACCUGAAGCUGUGAAUGGAGGUAUCCUGGAUACCUACAGCUCUGGAGGGAAAGGUAUCCUGACUUGUUGAGAGUUCAGACUAUACCUACAGCUGUGAAGCGAGGUAUCCUGGAUACCUACAGCUGUGAGGAGAAAGGUAUCCAGACUUGUCAGGAAGUCAGGCUAUAACUGAAGCUGGGAUGCAGUGAGGGAUGGUCUCACCACAGCAUGUGACAGUCCUCCUCUCUGAGAGCCCACCCACCCCCUCCCCCUUAAGGGAGCUUUCCAACAGAGGUAACCAUUUCUUCUCCGCUCCCCUAAGGGAGUGUCCCAGCAGAAGUAUCUGUUUCUUUUCAUCUCCAGCACAAGAUGUUACUUCUGCUUCACUCUGCUAAAGGGGAAAGCCCUACAGAAGUGUAGCAAUAUGCUCUGGCUCCAGCAAAAAGUUGUUACUUCUGCUCUGCUCCCCCUUAAGGGAGCUUCCCAGCAGAGGUACCCCUUUAUUCUUAUGCUCUGCUCUGCUCCCAAGGGAGCUUUCCAGCAGAGACUCUACUCCUGGCCCGUGAAAGAAGAUGUUCACCCAAGAAAGUGACUUAUUUGGGAAGGAGGAAUCUGGAAUAGUGGCUGCUUCUGCUGGGGUGGAGAAGGACAGUUGAUAACUGAACAGGCAGAGGGACUUAUAUAGGGCUUCUUAGUGGUGGGAUUUUUCCAGGGAGAUGUUCUGCUCAGAGAUUGGUUGGUUCCAUGUUCAGUUGGUCAGGGGAAGAUUUGGCUCUGGUUUCAGGGCCAAACUGUGUUUCUUUCACUAGCCCUUUCUAGCCUUUUGGCUCUAGUUUCAGGGCCAGGGCAUAUUUCUCUCACUGGCUCUGGUUCCAGGGCCAAACAGUGCCUCUUUGGUUCAGGUUUCAGGCUAAAGUGUUUCUUUCACUGGCUCAGAUUUCAGGGUCAGGGUGGGUUUCUUUGGCCCUUUUACCCUACAUGUUUUGAGAUAAAUAAUAAAAUGAUUGAUCCUUUCUUUGUAACCACAAAAUUCAGCCUGUCAGUAAAAAAACUGGCUAAAAAAGGUACUUUGCUUGCUUAUACUUUUUAAAUCUAUAACAAGUUGCUUAGAUAUGAAUGUAUUAGGGACUUUGGAAUAAUUUGUUUUUCACCUGUAAUAUGUAAAAUGUUUAAUCAUGUCAGGGAAGUGUUGUUAAAAACAUGAUGUUUUUAACUAGUAUUCAUUGUAAUCAUUUACUUGAAAAAUGGAAUUUCACCACGUUGUAAUUUUUAUAUUGCUUGAAAAUUUUUGCUGGGGUAAAUAAGGUGCAAUGGAAAAAUAAAGACAGGAUGAAGGAAGAUAUCAGGAAAGAGUUAAAAGGAAGACAUCAAGGAAUAAUUAAAAGAAAGAAAUCAGGGAAUAUUUACAAGGAAGACAUCAGGAAAGAGAUAGAAUGUAAACAGCAGAUAAGAGGUAAGGGGGAAAAAAAGAGAGACCCUGACAUGUUGAAGGUGUGUAUCUGUGUGUAUGUGAGUGUGUGUUUGUGUGUUCCUUUCUUCACCAGCCCCAGAGAAUUAAGUUUUGCUCCCUUAAAUAAAAUGUCAAGUGUUUUUUCAGUCCGCAACUCAAUGCCUCCUCUUCAGUUUCUGAGCUGCUGAUCACUAGCCUUACAGCAGCAGCUAGUUUCCUUCUGGCAAUCAGUAGAUACCUGUAGUCCUUUGUUUUGCUGAUGGGAACACAUGAAGUUUUUCCACUUUCACAUUAACGUUUUAGUUUAUGCAUCAUUUUCUAGAACAUACUGUUUCACAGAAGACUUCCUCAUUUUUGAGCAGUUAUAUUAUCUCUUCCUCCACCAUUUCAGUGAGCUUCCUUGAGCUAUACAUGCAGGAGCUGUGAUGUAGCUAUGUAUUUGGGGACUGAGCCUCCCACAUGCUCUUCAAAUCUGCACUGUCAGUUGAAGAUUUCUGUAAUGGCCUCAUUUUUCUGUAAAGAGAGGCUUCUUCAUUGAGGGAUGAUACCUACACCUCUACAUGUGUAUCACAAUCAGAUAUAGAAUACAGUUAGGAAUUAUGCUUGUCUACACAAGUAGAUGUAGGAGACUCUACCUUAAGGUCCAUGACUUCACUAGCCCUGAGAAAUUGGCUAAGAUUUCCAGUACCAAGCAAGAUUUCCUUCUUGUUGGGUGCACCAUAAGUAUAACUGGACAAUUGUUUGCUGCCUCUGAUAUAUGAGUGCCACUCAGUUGUCCUAUAUACAUAUCUUGAAAUGCUGGUAAUUGUCCUCUUUUAUAGGUAUUGCAACUGGGCGUGACUGUUUAGAGCAUCCUUCCUUCAGCAGCACAACAUUUUCUGGAAGCAUGGUAGCAAGAAUUAGGGAGAGAGGCUUUCACAUCUGACCCUGCAUAAAGGAUCUGAAUCCUGAGUCCUAGCUCAUAAAUAUCAACAAUAAGGUCACACUUUCAAACCACAAGAGACAAUUUAAGCUAAAUCUAUAUUCUAUUUUUUUUCAGAGUUCAGAGCCACUUGGGCUACACUGGCCUUUUGACAGGAGUAUUCCCAUAUCCAGUAUUAGGUUAUUUGUUAGUUUAUGGUUCUUAUGACAAGCAUUGCCAGUCCAAAUGAUGUAACUUGGUUAUAUGCAUAUCUAUAUGCAUACAUACAAUCAAUUGUGUGUGUAUGCAAUUUUAUAGUAUUAUAUAACAAAGUAACUAAAAAUAUGAGUUUUGGAUACUAUAAUUUAUUCCUCAUUCAUCCUCCUUGACUGAACUAUCACUUUAUUUACUACUUGGAGUACACUCACUGUUAUUCUUUUUCCCACUUCAUAUUACUUUGUUCUAUUAUUCACACCCCAACACACAUCUAGGGUAUCUUUAACAGUACUGGUUUCUGUAGUUAUUCCAUGUUGCAUACUCACAUCUAUGGAUUAAUUACUAAAAACCAACAUUCAGGAAAUAUAUUUCUAAUAAACUAAUUUGUCCAUUCUAAAUGAAUCCUUAACUUUAUAUUGUCUUCAUGUAUUUAAAGGACACUCUUGCAAAAUAAAUAUGAGAUAUUUAGGAAGAUAUCUAAUAUAACCUAUUUAGAACCAUUUUAUUCAAAUUUUACUUUAGUUAUUGAUAGUAAACUUUGGUAGACUCUAUAAACAAAAGACAUUUUUAUUCUUUUCUAAAUUUUGUUUUAUUUGUAACUUCCAAUAUGUGUAUGUCUGCAUAUGAAGUUGAGAAUAAAGUAUCUGUAAAUUCA